AAAAUAAUCGCACGAGGGAAUUUUGUUUGGUAAUAACAGAAAAAUCACGAUCAAUAAAUGGAAGGCGAAAAAAAUCAACGAUCUAAUAAAAAACUUAAUCUUUGUAAAAAAUGCAAAAAGUUAAAAAAAGGAAAGUUUUGCAACAAAUGUGGAAGUUCUUUAGAGGAAAUUAAAAAUCACGAUGGAGAAAGUUUAUCAAAUACUGUAGCUGACACAGAUGUUAAAAAGGAUGGCAUUUCUGCUCCUGAACAAAAGUCUUGUACGGAAAUCAACAAUUCUGGAUUGGAUGUAGUUAGAAAUGAAGAAAACCAAAGUUUACCUAAAAAUACCAAUCAAAUGAAUGGGGAAUACAGUAGUUGUUCAGUUGAUGGGUCUGAAAGUUUUGAUGGUAUUUCUGUUUCUGAACAAAAGAUGUGUAUAGAUCUAAUCAGUUCUGGAUUGGAUGUUGUUAGAAGUGAAGAAAAUCAAACUUUAUCUCAAAAUCACAAUCUAAAAAAUGAUGAAAAUAAUAAUUCCACAGUAGAUAGGAUAGAAAAUUCUGAUGUUUCUGAACAAAAAUCUUGUAUGGAAGUCAACAAUUCUGGAUUGGAUGUAGUUAAAAGCAAAGAAAAUCAAAGUUUACCUAAAAAUAGAAAUCUAAUGAAUGAUGAAAUUAACAAUUCUUUAGCUGAUACAUCAGAAAGUCCUGAUGGUAUUUCUGUUCCUGAACAAAAGUCUUGUGCGGAAGUCAAAAAUUCUGGAUUGGAUGUAGUUAAAAGUGAAGAAAAUCAAAGUUUAUCUAAGAAUAACAUUAUAAUGAAUGAUGGAAAAAACAGUUCUUCAGAUGACAGAUUGGAAACUUCUGAUGGUAUUUCUGCUUUUGAACAAAAGACGUGUAUAGAAGUCAACACUUCUGGAUUGGAUUUUGUUAGAAGUGAAGAAAAUCAAACUUUACCUCAAAAUCACAAUUUAAAAAAUGAUGAAAACAAUAAUUCAAUAGUAGAUAGGAUGGAAAAUUCUGAUGGUAUUUCUGUUCCUGAACAAAAGCCUUGUAUGGAAGUCAGCAAUUCUGGAUUGGAUGAAGUUAAAAACAAAGAAAAUCAAAAUUUAUCUAAAAAUAGCAAUCCAAAGAAUGAUGAAAACAUUAGUUUUUCAGAUAAUAGAUCUGAAAGUUCUAGUGAUUUGCUGCAUAAUAAAGACAAUUUAUCUAUUGAACAUAAAUCUGAAAUUGAAGCAGUGAAAAAUGAAAUGAAAAACAAAACAGUUUCGCUUGACAAUAGUAAAAAUAAUAUUUCAGAAGUGACUCAAAUGUGUAUUUCACCUCAGGACAACAAUUAUAAAGAAGAACACAAGAAUGAGCUACCGAGUGAAGGAUCAAGUAGUUGUGAUAGAUCUUUUGGUAAUAAAGACAAUGACCAAUUAGCACAGCAUAAUCUUUCUUUUGGGGGCAAAAAAGUUGAUACUCAAUGUUCUGAAAGUAGAUCUUCAUCUUGCUUGAACAAAAAGGAUACAGAUGUUAAUAAACCUACAAAAACUACAAUGGAACUUAGAUCAACAAAUAAACAGAAAUCAGAUGAUACAGGCAGCACACACAAAGCUAGCUAUGCAGACCAAGCUAAAAAAAAUCUGUCAAAUCAAGAAGGAGUAGUUAAGUAUACUGUGUGGAACAGCAUCAUUUACAUCAAGUUUUUUUAUAUAUUACAAAAGCGUGUUGAAAAUCUUGGUAUUUCUUUUGGAAACGAUUGUCUUGGUGGAUGGAAAGGUGUUGGUGUAAAAAUGAUACCACUUAGUAAUGACUCAGAAGGAGUAAUUUACACAGGUGAUUUAAAGAUAAAUAAAGAAUGUAUUCAAACUCCUUUGGAAUAUAAAUAUGUUAUACAAGGUAAACAAAAAACUUGGGAAUUUCUACAUUUGGCUGGCUCACUGAUAAAUUCUAACAGAGUUUUAAAAGUUUCAUUGGAUGACAUAGAGCUAGGUUUAAUCUAUCAAGUUGAUGACUGCUUUUUGCAUGAAAAUCGUGAAAACAAUUUGGGUUUCAUUAGUUGGGUAAAAUCAAAAAUUCUGGGCAAUGAUGACCGUUUUACUUUAUUUCAAGUUCUAUUUAAAAGAUAUUUAAAUUUGUUGAACAAUAAUCCAGACAUGGACAUAGUUCACAAAACAAUGUUUAUUCGAGGUCUUUAUUCUGGAUUUUAUGAUGCUUAUACAGCAAAAAAUGGAGACUUGAGUUUAUGGCUAAAAUUAGAUAAUCAUUUUGAACCACUUAGGGAAUUAUUAGUUUAUUUGGAAGGACAAGUGAAAAAAGAUUCAUAUAAUGAUAUUGAAACUAUAAGUUCCAACUUAUCUUUGCUGGUAAUUUUUUACAAAAAUGAUCAUUUGAUAAAGCAAAUCAAUAUGAAUUUUCUCUGCUCUGCAUUCAAUAAUUUAUCAUUAGAAAACAAAAAUUAUGAUUGUGAUUCUUUAUCAACAAUGUUGAAAGAAUUUUUUUCACCCAAGUAUUUGAGUAUGAUAAAGAAAUCACUUGAAUCUUUGCUAGAAUAUUGGUUUUCAAAAUCAGAUUUUAUCAACAAUGAUAUGGUUCAUGUUUGGUGUUAUGCAGUUGUUAUGGUACAUAUUCUUUCAGAAGAAAACAAGAAUUACUUGAAGUUGCAAGAUUUUGACAAAUCUAAUUGUGGACUACCCGCAUAUUUUAUAAAAAUGCAAAAAAGGAAAUUGAUUUUAGAAACUUUUAAUAAUUUGAAUAAAAUCCAAAUCAGCUUGAAAAAAGAUCGUUUACUGCAAAGAGGCCUUGUUUAUUUAAUGGAACCACAAUGCUUUCAUUAUGCAUUAAAUACUGGAUAUUUUAAUGAACGACUUCUAAUUAAUAUGAUAACCUUCCGUCUUUCAUCUGCAAAUCAAAAAGAGCUGAAUGAAUUUCAAAAUUUUUUAAAUGGAUUGAUGACAAACAUUCCAAAAGAAGAAAAAAAAAGAGCACAUGUAGUUGAAGCGAUGUUUAAUAUGCUCUUAAAGGUUUUUGAAAAGAUUAAGCUUGCCAAUUACAGUUUCAGUUUUGUAUCAAUUAUCUUAAAUUGUAUUGAAACAUUUACCAAAUCCAUUGAUCAGAAAGACACACUUCUAGCUCUUCAUAAAGAAACUUCGAAAACUUUGUCAACUAUAAAAUCAAUUCUACCUGAUUAUUUUGUUAAGUGGGAUGAUAAAGAAAUUAUACCUACACAACUUAAGUUAAUGCAAAUCUUAUCUCGUUUCCAAGUUAAUGGAAAAAGGUAUUUCCAAGAAGAUUUAGUUAAUAUCCUUCAAUCAAAAUUAAGACAAACUGAUAAUAUGCUAUUGUUCAAGUUUUAUUGUGAGCUUGAUAUAAAGCUUUAUGAUGAAGAAAUUGCAUCAGAGUUGAGUAGAUAUUUUUUUUUAACAAUAGAUGCACUAAUAAAUCAGGCUGAUUUUUUAAACUUGCUACCAUCUGUAUCACAAAACUACUGUACAACUCUACUAACUAAGUAUAUUUCAAACAAAUGGUGUGAUCUUCAAAGCACAGAAGAUAAGUUAAACUUUUGCUUAGAUUGGCAACCUUUCAAAGUAUUUUUACAGGUUAUAAAAAAUGUAACCAAUGAAGAUGCAGCUCAAGUUAUCAAUGAUUAUAUAUCUGUAAUGCAAAAUUUGUGCAAAAACAUUGAGGAUGGAAAUAUUAGAAUUUCAUUAUUUUCUUACUUGUCUAAGAAAAAAAUAACAUUGUUUGAACUUACUAAAGUUUUUGGCUUUGACACUUGUGAAAACAUUGAAACUUAUUUUGCUGCAAGAGUGACACAAAUGAAUGUUUUUAACAGAGUCUGUGAUACUGUCAAAUAUACUUUACAGAUGUUUAAACAAGUUUUUCCUAAUAUAGAAAUGAAUAAAGUUGUUUUAGAAGAAAAACUUCAGCUAUCUGACAUUUUGUUAAAAGAUGUUUUUAAAGAAAUGUUAAAUAAUGAUCAAUUCAAUGAAGAAGAAAGUGAGGAAGAAAAAAUUAUUUAUAUACAUGAAAAUGAUAGGGUUUCUUAUGAAAAACAAGCUGAUGAAGAAAUAAAUGACUGUGAUGUAGCUAACAAAGAAUUGAGUGAAAAUGUAAGUAACAGUGAUGCAGAUAACAAUGAAUUAAGUGAUGAAGAGGUAAGUGACAAUGAUGUAAGUAAUGAAGAAUUAGGCGAUGAAGAGGUAAGUGACAACAAUGUAAAUAAUGAAGAAUUAGGCGAUGAAGAGGUAAGUGACAACGAUGUAAGUAAUGAAGAAUCAAGUGAUGAAGAUGUAAGUGACAAUGAAAUAAGUAAUGAAGAAUUAAGUGAUGAAGAUGUUAGUGACAAUGAUAUAAGUAACAAAGAAUCAAAUGAUGAAGAUUUAAGUGACAAAGAAGUAGUAAAUGAAGAAUUAAGCUAUGAAUAUAUUGACCAAAAUUUAGCUGAUAAAGAAUUAAGUGACCGAGAUGUGACUGAUGAUUAUAUAAUCGAGAAAGAACAAGUUAACUAUGAUAUAUAUCAUAGUAUAUUGAGUCAUAGUAAGCCUAGUAUGGCUUCAAAAAAAAAGUCAUACAAUGAAAUUCUGGUUGACAAAGCAUGCGAUUUUUUUACAGUUUCUCGUUUUUGGUUUAAUUACAGUUCAGAAGUAAUGAACCACAACUUAGCAAGUAACCUCUUAUUCCAAAAAAAACUUGAAUUUUUUUUAAUGUCAUAUUCAAAUUCAACAUUUGAUUUACAUUCCGAUUUGUUAAUAAGACUUGUUUAUAUUCCAAUAAAUGAAGAUUUAACUGCAUAUGUGCAAAGUGUUUUAUCUUGCAAAAUAAGUUUGUCAGAUCUAUCCACUGUAAUCCCAAAUUAUAAAGUUGAAGUUUACACUGAGGAGUUAAAAAACAUUUCAGAGUAUUUACAUCUUAAUUUUAGUAGAGAUAAGUUUGACAGAAGCAUGGCUAAGAUUAAAAGUGUUUUCUUGAUGAAGAAGUAUUAUGAUGUUGCAUCAAAUGCAUUUCAAGUUAAAGAACAGCUUAAACUUAAAGGAGAUUUUAGUGCUCUUCAAUGCAUUAUGCGACCAGUAAAUGAGUUUGAAGAAUUAGAAGAUGUAACUUCCUGUGAAAAUAAUGAGUUUUUGUUUCAAACAUUAACACCUACUAUUAAUGAAAUAUUUAAGUCUAUUUCUUCAUGUAUGCUCUUCUUCACCUGGAUAAGCGAUAACUUAAAAACUCCAAAGGAAGUGAAGGUUUUUGUUGAAAUUAUGUCAACAGCUGCAGGUGAAACCGAUUAUGAUGUUGAUAGAGUAAAAUGUUUUGAAGCUUGUUGUCUCGCUUUUAAUGAUGUCAUAUUCAACUUGAAUAACAAAUCGGGAUUUAAAGAACUAUUACAAACUUGUCAACAAAUAGAGGAAAAAAUGAAAAAUGAUCCAAACAUAAUUAAGAAACUAAUUGAUACAAAUAACAAUAUCGAGUGGUUUAUAAAUGCACAGAAAUCUCAAGGCUCAGUGGCUACAAAAACUAUAAUGGAAGCGCAAACAGCCAAUCGAAAUGGAUGUUUUAUUAUUGGGAAUCAUGGAAACAACAAUGGUGACUUUAUUGUAACUAAAUUAUCUGAUGUUGUUAAAUUUGAAAUACGUAACUCCACAGAGAAGGUUUACACUCCUAAAACAUAUACUUUGGAGGAAGUAAAUGAUUUACAAAGUCGCUUGAUGCUGCUUGGAGGUGAUAUUGGAGGAACCUCUUCAUUAGAUCAACAAAAAGAAAAAGAUUACUUUAUUGAGGUUGUUGAAGUCAUUAUGCGAUUGGGUCAUGCUUAUAUGAUGCUUUGUGAUGCUGGUGAUGUCAACUACAUUAAUUGGAAAAAAACCUUCUUAUGUAAUAUAGAAUCUGAUAAAGAAAAUUUAUUAGCUGAUUUAAGAAUUGAAACUGAAAAAAUAGAAAAAAAACUGACUGAAUGGAAUAACAUUUUAAAAAGUAUUCGUUCGGUAAAUCCUGUUAUAAAUCAUUUUACCGUAAGACAAUGUCUUUUUCUGCAGAAGCAUUUGUAUUUGCUGUCCAAAGAUUCAAAAUAUUGUAAUAAACUGCCAUCACAAUUUUAUAGUCUUUUAAAAUUUUUUGGCCAUGAUGUCACUUCUAGCAAUAUUAAGAAUGCUUUUAGCUUGUCACAUUCUUUAUUGGGAAAGAAUCAGUCUACUAAGGAUGAUUGGAAAAAAGUUAAAAGUCAAUCUAACUUUGAGGAAAUGACAGCAAUUGAAAUUCAAAAUAUAGUUAAUUUGCUGCAAGAUGAAUACGAUAUUUCUGAAACUGUUGCAUGGGCAGCGAUCUUGAAUGUUUUUCCAUAUCGUGAAGGUAAAGCAAUAUUAUGGUGUAAUAAACAAAGUCCUGAUGAUGAUCAAAUCAUUGAAUUUGAAUUAGAAGCUCGUAAGCGUUAUGAACAGCUUGUAAAUUUAAAUAAUUGUGAUGAAGUACUAAGUGGAAAUGGGAACAUUAUUGAAAAUGAAACAUAUAUAUCACUUGAGGAGCUUGGUUGUUUUUUUAAAGAAUAUAUAGAAAUUAUAAAGUUUCAGCAAGCUAAAAGAAUUAUUCCAAAAUAUAUAAAUAAAGACAAACCAAGUUUAUUUAUUUUGCCACGUGAUGAAAUCCUCUAUGCACUUCUAAAUAUUUAUCUUUAUGAUAGCGGUUCAUUCCCAUCAUCAGAAGAAGUUCUGCUUUGUGACAACUCUGUUUCUAUUGAAGAAAUUGAACUCCUUAUUUUACGUGCUUAUCAUAAUAAAGAUGGUCUUUACUGCUUAGUUAUUGACGACAGCUUACAAUAUGAAGUUUGUGAAAAAGCUUACAAUUUUUUGCAGGAAACCAUGAAGUUAGAAAAUAUGAGUCCUCUAAUAGUUUUUUGUAGUUCAGAGAGCCAGAAUGAAUCAUAUUUUGCAACAGCACUUGAAAAUUAUAAAAUAAAAAUACCAAUUUGCAUAAAGAGAGAAAAUAUAUGCAAAAAAAUACUGGAUGGUUUAGAAAAAAAACUGGUCGAUAAAAACAUAGGUAUUCAUCUCAAUGGAUCAAUAUACAAAGCUCUUGUGGUUCAAUCAAAAAAAAGUGGAAUGGGAAAGUCAUUUUGUGUGGAAAAAUGUGGUGACCAGCUAUCAAUUCAGUUAGAUUCAUAUUACCAAAGAAUGCCAAUGGUUGAAAAAAAGGCUUCUAUGGUAACAAUACCUGUUCACGGAACAACUGUCAAUGUAAACAGUAUUGUAGAAGCAUUGUUAGAGUUUGAUGAAAUUCCUAAUUUACGUUUUCCAAGAUUGUAUCAUUUUGAUAUAAAUCCGAUGGUUAAAGAAGGAUUAGAUUCAUUUCUUUUCAAUUUGGUGAUUCUGGGAUCUUUAAAAACAAGUACUGGAAAACUGUGGAGGAUGAACGAUAAUGAUACAUGUAUCAUUGAGAUCACCAUUGAUCAUACUGAAGGACAUCUUCAUAGCGACACAAGUAAAUCUCCUGAAGGUGUUGUUAUUAAUAUGUUACCAUUUGUUACCUGUCUAUCUCCUUGUGAAGUUUUAAAAUCACUGUCUGAUCAAACUACCUUGACUCAAGGUGAAAUAAAUUUUGAUUUAUGGUAUGAUACUAAAGAAUAUUUAAAAAGUUCUACUCAGCGGGUUUGUCAAUACUUGAAUAUAUAUGAUGGAAAAAUUGUUCAACCACAAAUUUCUCAACACCGAACACCGAACAGUUCCGAACACCGAACAGUUUUGUCUCCGAGUAGAAGAGCAAUAUCUCCCAUAAAAAAAGAAGUUUCUAGAAGAUAUCUUUCAGAAGCUUAUAUUCAUCAAACUUUGGACAAUUUUGUGUAUAAUAGUUCUCAACCAAAUAUGACCCUAAGUGAUUGCUUACAGAUAUUAUUGAAAUAUUGUGGCGUAAGAGAUCCAUGUUGGAGUGAGUUAAGGAAUUUUGUUCACUUUUUCAAUUCACAGCUUAUUGACUGUGAAAACUCUGUGUUUACAAGUGCAGUUUGUGCAAAUGACUUGCGAGGUUUCAAGCAUUUUGUUGUUAAAUUUUUGUUGGAGAUGUCACAGGAUUUUUCAACACAUUCACUAUCUUAUGAUACUUUGGUUAACAACCCCUUUAUGGUCCAACUGAAGCGACAUUGGGAACAUAGUUUACACCCAUAUUUAUUUUUCAACCAAGACCACGCAACAAUGACAUUCUUUGGAUUUAAUAUUGACUAUAGAGGUAAUUUGUUUGACCCUGAGACAAGAUUGAUUAUUAAGGAAAAUAUUAUGUCACCAGAACUUUACAAUGACAUUAAUAGACAGAUGGCAGGGUGCUUAAACACUAAUUACAAUGAUUUGAAGAGAAAACAAAAACUGGAAUUAAUCUGUCGAGUGUUGGGCGUACCAACAUUUGAUCCAGAUCCUACAUAUGAGUUAACUGUGGAUAAUUUAAAAAAGAUUUUGGCAAUUCACAUGCGAUUGAGAUGUAUCAUACCUGUCAUAAUGAUGGGAGAGACUGGGUGUGGUAAAACAAAGUUAAUAAAGUUUAUGUCUGCACUGCAAGCUGGAAGUCCAAACAUAAGAAACAUGCUGCUAGUGAAGGUUCAUGGUGGUGUAACUCAUCAAGACAUACUUAUGAGAAUUGAACAAGCGAAGCGUUUGGCAAAGAAAAACUUUGAUAAUUAUAUGAUAAAUACUAUUUUAUUUUUUGAUGAAGCAAACACAUCUGAUGCGAUUGGACUUAUCAAAGAAAUAAUGGUAGAUAAAAGAGCUGAUGGUAAACCAUUAGGGCUAGCUGAGUGUGGGCUUGAAAUAAUUGCUGCUUGUAAUCCAUACAGAAAGCAUACAAGAACAAUGAUUGAGAAGUUAGAAUCAGCUGGUUUAGGUUAUCAUGUUAAAUCUCCUUAUGAAAAGAUUGGAGAUAUUCCUUUGAGACAGUUGGUGUAUCGUGUGCAUCCGUUACCAAAAAGCAUGGUUCCUCUUGUUUGGGAUUUCGGUCAGUUAAACCCAGAAACAGAAAAAACAUAUGCAAGGCAAAUUAUAAUGCGUUAUAUCAAGCAGAAAGCUUUGCCAGAUGAACCAAUAUUUUUUAAACUUAUCAUCAAUGUCCUUGCAGAAUCGCAAGUGUAUAUGAGGAAAAAAGAGGAUGAAUGUCAUUUUGUUAGCCUUAGAGAUGUGGAAAGAGUUUUAAUGGCAACCUCAUGGUUUUAUAGAAAAAUAAAUAUUCUACUACAUAACAUGGAUUCUAAUAUAUCUGACAUGUCUGAAGUCGAAAAGAUGUGCUUGUCAUUAAUUUAUGCUUUACAUGUUUGCUACAUUGCAAAGUUAGAAGAUAGAGAUUCAUAUAGAAAAAACAUCUCUAAGUAUUUUAAAGCAUCAGGUUUUGCAUGUGAUGCAAACAGAAUUAAAGAAGAAGUUUACAGACUCCAAAAAAGUUUUUUGAAGGGUAUUGAUCUUGAAGAAAAUAUAGCACAAAAUGAAGCCUUAUGUGAGAAUGUUUUUAUGAUGGUAAUUUGCAUUGAGUUACGUAUCCCCUUAUUCGUUGUUGGCAAACCUGGAAGCUCAAAAUCUUUAGCAAAAUCAAUAGUACAAGAUAGUAUGCAAGGAAAAAUGUCAAAAUCUGUUCUCUUUAAAGAAUUCAAACAGAUUUUUAUGCUGUCAUAUCAAUGCAGUCCUCUGUCUACAGCAGAAAGAAUAAUAAAUACAUUCAGACAAUGUAGCAGAUUUCAAGUAGAAAAAGAUUUAGACACUUUUGCGUCAGUUGUAGUUCUGGAUGAAGUUGGUCUUGCAGAAGAUUCACCUAGGAUGCCGCUGAAAGCAUUACAUUCAUUGUUAGAAGAUGGUACUGAUGGUUCUGAAGAUCUUACAGCUGAUGGCUCUGAAUUCAAGGAUAAAAGAGUGGCUUUUAUUGGCAUCUCCAAUUGGUCUCUUGAUCCUGCAAAAAUGAAUCGAGGUAUAAUGUUGUACAGAGGACAACCUAGUGUUGAUGAGCUUGUUCUUACUGCAAGAGAUAUAUGUUCUGGGGAUAAAGUGAUAUGUGGAAAAAUUGCUAUGCUAUUUGAACCUUUGACAAAAGGAUACUUCAAGGUGUAUGAAGAACAAAAUGAAUGCAAAGUGUUAAUAAAUUGUAAAAAAGAAGAAUUUUUUGGACUGAGAGAUUUUUACAGUUUAAUCAAGCUGGUUUUUUGUUAUGCUCGAAAACUUAAAGAUAGUCCUUCCAUCAGUGAUAUUAAAUAUGCUGUUAAAAGAAACUUUAGUGGUCUUCAGGAAGUUAAUACUUGGAAAAUAUUCAAGUCAUUUUUGCCACAAAAUUUAUCCAAGGCUGAAAGAACCUUUGAUGUAUUAAGCAUGAUAAAAGACAGUAUUGCAGAUCAAUGUCCGUGUUAUGUUGUAAGAGGAAAAAAUGCAAAGAGACAUUGUCUGAGCUCUCGCUAUCUUCUUCUAAUGACUGAAGACUUUUCUGCUCUUCCUAUUAUUGAUAGUCUAUAUGAAAAAGAAAAAUACAAAAGCUGUAUUAUUUUUGGAAGUAGUUUUCCAAAGGACCAAGAGUUUACCCAGGUGUGCCGUGACAUUAACAGAAUUAAAAUUUGCAUGGAGACUGGUACUAAAGUUGUUCUACUUAACAUGGAAAAUUUAUAUGAAAGUCUUUAUGAUGCACUAAAUCAGUAUUAUGUAUCACUUGGAGGAGAAAAUUAUGUGGAUUUAGGCAUUGGAACUCACAGAGUUAAAUGCAGAGUACAUGAAGGUUUUCGGUUGAUAGUAAUUGCAGAUAGAGCUAAUGUUUAUAAUACUUUUCCGAUACCUCUAAUAAAUAGACUGGAGAAACACUUUUUAACAUUAUCAAAUGGAAUGCCACCAGACAAAUUAAAAGUUGUAGAAAAACUUAAAGAAUGGGCAACUCAUUUUUCGUGUGUUAAAUCUACAACUCACGAGUUCAGACCUUCAGAUUCUUUUAUUGGAUAUACUGAAGAUACAUGUGCAUCUAUUGUUCUUAAACUUUCGAAAAUAUACAAUGAUUCUGUUGAGAUAUUCGAAGAAGGCUGCAAGUUAUUGUUGAAACUAGCUACACCUGAUUCAUUAUCACGUGUUAUGAAGUCUCCUUUAAAAAAUCAAUUUGGAUUCAUUCAAAAAAUAUUUUAUGAGCAGUUUCAUAGUUCUUUGAUUUCCUUUCUUUAUGCUGAACUUGGUAAUGAAGAUAGCAAGUUUAUGCAGGUGACUACAUUUUCAAAGCUGUUAUCGCCGAUUCAAAAAGAAAGUUUAACUCUAGAGUUAAUUGGUUUUAAAGUUGAAAUGGCUUCCUUAAUGCAAUUUGAAACUGAACGGUUGUUUAGGGAAUUCAUCAGAGUUUCAUUCAAUUCUGCAGACAGUAAUGAGAGAACUCUUAUUAUUAUUCAAGUUAAUAAUGCGCAAGAAAGAAAAAAGUUAAUUGCAUGUGCACAAUAUAUUUGUAAAGAAAUGCGUGAACAAUUUAAAGUAAAGAAGAUUUCUAUUCUUUUUAUUUUGCAACUGAAUUAUAAAUCUAAUUGCUUAAACUUAUUGAGUUCUUUAUCAUUUUGGGACUGUUCUCAUAUUGAUGAACUUUGCUGUUCAAAUAUGCCUUCUUUUAUUAAACAUACUGGUAAAUCAUUGUAUGAUAUUUUCUGCAAUGUUGAUGGUGAAGAAAAAUCAAAACUGAUUGGGCUGAUUAUUGGAUCUAUUCAAAUGACCACUCGUCAAAUAAGUGAAAGAAAGAAAUUGAGUGUUGAUGAAGUCUCUGAAAGGAUUAAUAAAAUUACAGCUCUUUUGAAGUCUCAACCCCAAGAUAUGGAAUAUUUAUUUGUCACAACCAUCAUGGAGUUGAUUCAGAGUAACUUAAAAAAAGAAGAGAAUAACAUAUUGCCUGAUUAUAUUAAUAACUGGGUGCAAUAUGAAGCUGUUGAGCAAAAGUAUAUUAAAAACUAUGGCACCUUUCAACAAGCUUUAUGUUAUUAUGUUGAAGAUCGAAUUGUUCCAAUUCUUUCUUCUAUUAUAUCAAAUAUUGAUAGCUUUGGUAAUUUGUCAAUACUUUUUAAACAGCCAAGCUAUACAGAUUUGUGGCUUAACAUAUUUUCAAAAACAAAUUGUUCUAGUAUUCAAGUUUAUAAUGAGUCAGAAGUAUCAUUUCAAUGCAAAUUUCCAUUUUCAAAUAGACUCUGCCAUGAAAUUGAACUUGUGAUCAAAAAUGUGGUUCAGCCAGAUGAUAACUUCAACAAACAUGAUUAUAAAUUGAUAUAUGAUACGUUAUCAAGUUUGCCGAUGGCCAGUUUAACUCUUGGAUUGUCAAAAUCUAAUGUUGAUGAUUAUAUUUAUGAUUUGGUUCGUCUUUUAUUUCCUUAUCAAACAGAGAGAUCUUAUGAGGUACUAGCAUUUGGUUUGGUUUUUUUUGGUAAAAAUGUAGUUACUGCAAGGAGCAAAUUUUUUAGCUCAUUAAAAACAGUUGGUGACUUAGAUAAUAGUAUUUAUGAUAUAACAGCCAUCCAUAUUGUUUUGAACACAAGAGUUAUUCAAGAAAGAAUUGGAAAUAUGGCAUUAAUACUUAGAAAUCAUCCAGAAAUUAGUGAUAUGAUAUCAUUGAAUUCACCAAUUGAUAUUGACAUUCUUAUUUUGGAAAAAUUAGUGUCUAUAGUUAAUCGUUUGGAGAUGAGUCCUUUUAGUAUGAACAAAAUAAAACAUUUGCAUUUUUUAAUACAAAACAUUCUUGAUAUAAAGUUUGAGGGCUGUGGUUCAUUGACAACUAGAAAAAUCAGUGAGAUAAGAGUUCAGUGGUGCAAGCUUCGGAUUUGUGAAAGAUUUUCAGAGUUUGUAUUUCAUCCUUCAUCAUGCUUUUGUUCUCAUCAAACUGGUUUGCUUCACUUGUUUAAAAAGAGUUUAGAUAAACUAGAUGAUGAUAUGCUAACUAAAGAUUCAUGGGCAACAGUUGAGAACUUUUUAAAAGAAGAUGCAAUAAACUUUUGUAGUGACUUCAACGACAACUUGAUUUAUAGAGAUUUAAAUAAAUGCAUGACAUGUGAUGGUAUUAGUGAUGGUAAAGAUAUUGAAAUUCUUUUACCAUGUUGUAAACGCAACUUUACUUUAUGCAUUCAUCGCAUUCUUUUUAAAACAAAUAAGUGUCCAUCUUGUAACGAGGUUUUUGAAAAAGAAGUUAUUUUUAAAGAAAGUUUACAGCGAAGACACAUGAUCUUUGAAAGAGAAGAAUUUAAAAAACGAUGCAAUUCUUUUUAUGCUGAAGUUGUCACAGAGUUUUAUUUUGCUAGAAGAAAUUUUAAUCUAAUAGAAUCAGAUGUUUCAAAAAAAAUUUUAGAAUUUGUUUUUUCUGCUCCAGCUACUUCAAAUUUAUUAUCAGAUAUUUCUAAUGUUGACUCCACUUCAAUUAUUUGUUCAUAUUUGUUACAACAGCUUAUUCAAAGGUCAUAUAACGAUGUUGAAAGUUAUUUACAAGAACAUAUUCAAAGAUUGUUUGAUAAUGAAAAUAAAUCACAGCUUCUUAGCGCAGCAACUUUUUUUGUUUACUGUUUUGAGGAUAAAUUGCAACUCGAACACUUUGUGUUAAAGAAGAAUAGUAUAAUAAAUGCAUCUUUUCUUGAUGCAGUAUCUGAAGGUUUGCAUGACAUUCAUGACCUUGAAGAAAAGUUUACAUUAGAUAGCUCAAACACUAAUCCUAAAUUUCUUGAGAGUAUAGCUUCAGCUCGAUUAUUCUUGGGCUACUCUGCAGAUAUCUUAUAUUCAUGGUUUGCUAAAGAAAAUAAAGAUAUGCAAUUAAAAAAAAAUUUCAAUUCUUUUUUUGCAACAUUGGGCAAAUUUCUUAUCAAGUACAAAAACACUUCUAUGCAUAUAUAUGUACUGAAACAAAUUGUUCGCAAGAACGGGGUUGAAAGCCUAAAGAAAAUUUUAAUGGAAGUUGAUGCUGAUUGGCUUGUAUUUGAAGAAAAAGAGAAUUAUAUAGAAAGCUAUGACAAGCUCUUAAUUUAUGGUGAAAAUUAUAAAAACCUCUACAAUAGCUUGGUUACUAAAGUUUUGGAAGAUGAUCAAUCUGGUCUUUCUCAAUUAGAAACAGAUAUUGAAAAAACAAACUCAGAAACAAUGCUUUGGCUAGCAAUCCCUAAAGCAAUUCAAAAUCUACACAAGUUUCAUGACAAUAUUAUAUCCAGAGUGCAACAUAGAUCACAAAUACAGAUUUGCCAAUCACUUCUGAAUAACUUUAAAUCAUAUGAACAAUUUUCUGACAUCUUGUAUCAUUUUUGGGUUGUGGUAAACAGUGGCAGACCUGCUGUUGAGCUGUUUUCACUUCUAGUGAUGGAUCCUCAGAAAGUUAAAAAUUGGUUUUUUCCAGCAAUGCCAAGUGACACUUUUGCAGAGGUUUUUGAUCUUAACAAAACAGACAAAUUUUCAUCAUUUGCAUUUUAUACUUGUCCUCAAGGUCAUCCUUAUGCGAUUACAGAAUGUGGUCGUCCUUGGGUUACAGAUAAGUGUCCAACAUGCUUUUUGCCAAUUGGUGGUAAAAGUCAUCGUCCAGUUGAUGGAAAUCAAGCAGUUGCUUCAAGAAAUGACUCUACAAAGCCUGGUCAUUGUUUGGGUUUAUCAUCUGAGCGUAGUACGUUUUCUAUUCCUCAACGUGGUUUGACACCUGCUUCUGCCACUCUACAAACCUUACUUAUAAAUCUCUCAUUAUUUAUUUCAACUUUACUAGGAAAUGAGAAGGAGGUUUCUGAAUUAGUGUAUCCACGAGUUUCCACACUUCAAUUGAAAACUUUUUUUUUGGCACAUUUAGAAAAAGAUUUUGUUCUUUUGUCUAAUAUUAUUGCAAAAAAUGACGAUGAAACAAACACUGUUCUGCACUUGUUAUUUAAAUAUUUAUUAGAUUGUGAUUUACAAGAUCAACUUCUUGAAUUGAGAGAUAAAGCAUCACGCAACCAGUUUGAGAACACUUUUCAUCAAGCAGUUGUUCAACCAUUUUUUUGCACUUUAAAUGAUCAGUUUGAAUCCUACAACAAGUGUUUGUUGACAGAUCAAUGUAUAACGAACAGUCCUUUGAUGAGACAUAUUUAUGAAAUUGAUGACAAGGACAAUAAUAAGGAUUCCUCUAUGACACUUAAAAAUCCACAACUUUGGUUUUACAGACAAUCAGUUUCAAUUGAAAGUCUUAAAAAUUUUGUUCAACUUAAAAUCAAUGCUGGUGCUGCUAAAGACAUUCCAAUUCUUUUGAUGAUUUUAGAGCAGGAAUCAAUACUUAAUGCAAUUAAAGAUUUGUCAUCAAUAUUAGAGCUUCAAAUAUUUCUGCAACAUGAGUUUAACUACAAGCUAGACAAACAAACUGCUGUUGACAAAAAUGUUAAGCAAUUUUUAACCGAGUUUCCAAAAGAAAAUCAAGGUUUAUUACAAAAGCUGUUUAAAUGUUUUAUUAAAGCAUGGAAUGAGUCACGUGUUCAUUUUACAGCAAGGCAAAUGAAAUUAGACCAUAAUCUUCACUCCAUAAAACUUGAUCUCAAUAGUAAAUUGGCGUACUUCAUAAGUUCAAGCUCUGAUCAUGGCUUGUGUGCUGCCAUGUUAAUGGAUUUUCUUGCUUUUAAACAAAAUGAACUUCUGUUAGAAUGUCAGUUGAUUAAUAGUAUCCAUGUUUUUCAGCAAGUUCAUAUAUCAAAGUUAAAAAAAAAUGACAUUAUAUCUUAUGAAAGAGAGCGAGAUCUUCUUCCGUUAGUUUAUAAGCAUUGUGAAUACUCUCUUGAUGUUGUUGGGUCUCCAAAAAUUGAAUACAAUUUGGAUGCAAUUCAAAAACAUCUUUUUGAAAAAGUAAUAUUUGGAAAAUCAAUUAUCAACAUAGAAAUUAUUCAAUUCUUAUUCAGGGAUGGAUUGAAAAGCCUUAACUUUCCAUCAUUGAGAAGUAAUGUUAAACAAACUGAUGUUCCAUACUCAGAGCAACAGAGCAUGCUAGAAGAGUUUAAUAAUAUUACAGAUAUAUCAAAAGCUUUAAGAGCAGUCGAAACUGCUAUUGGUAUAUUGGCUUAUACUGGAGGUGACCCCAACAUGUUCUAUAGAAAGUAUUUACAAGACAUACUUAGAAUGGACGAAUGUGAAUAUUUGUCAAAUGGAAAGAUGCAAAAUUUUAUUAGAUUAACGCAUUUGCAUUCAGUCUGGCUUAUGUUGACUAGGGAACGCGCUUGUCGCAUAUAUACAAGCAAGCAGCAAGUCCCUUUUCAAAUAAACGAAUUUUUUAUGGUUGAGGAUCUUGAUGAUCAAGUAAUAGAAAAACAGAAAAAAAAGUUCCGUCAGUUUGAUACUAUUGAAAUAUUGUCUCUUGUCACAGAGUAUAUAGUUUUGGAAUUACCAUUAAGAAAAGAAUUAGAUGCCACCAUGAUGUUAGCGGAAGCUUUUCAAAUUUAUGGCUACGGUUCAAGUGCCGUUGAUCAGAUAAAUGAAGAAUUUCAACUGAAACACAUUUAUAUGUUUUGGAAAAUGGUAGCAUCUCUCGUAUAAAAACUUUUUAUUUUUUGUAUAAUUUUGAUCUUUUUUGGUUUUAAUCUAAUUGGUUUUGAUCUGAUUAGUUUCUAUUUUUAUAAUCUUUUUUUUAUUUUAAAAAGUUUUUUUAUUUUUAUGCAUAUUGUAAUUUAUUUUUUAUUUUUAUUACUUUUUAAUUGUAUUCGAUUAGAGAUUUUAAAUAAAUUUAGUUCGUCAAAAUCACUUAAUCCAGCUUUAA